AUGGUAAUUCAUAAUUCACUGUUAAAUAAGAAAGGGAACAUUUGGUUAUUUUGGAAUAACAAUCUUCCUACGCCAACCGUGGUUUCAAUGUCAUCUCAAAUGAUCACAGUCAAUAUUGGAGGUAAUUUAAUAUCUGGAGUACAUGCUCAUGUUGGUGCAGUGCAAAGAAGAAAUUUAUGGUCUGAGAUGGAGGUAAUAAGUGAUUUAAAACUUCUUUGGUUGGCUAUUGGUGAUUUUAAUACAUUCCUAACAUCAGAAGAAAAAUCUGGUGGAAGAGCUCUUAAUACAAGAAAUAUGCUUGAGUUCAAUAAUUGUCUUGACAAAUGUGAAAUUCAGCAAGCUUCGAAAUCUGGUUGCGAGUAUAGUUGGUCUAACUGUCAACAUGGUGCUAAAAGAAUCUUAUGCAAUCUUGACAGGGAAGUAAUAAACAAUUUGUGGGUUCAAAAGUAUACAAGUUGGAGUUAUAAAGUUGGUUUGAGGAUAGCUUCUGAUCACUCCCCUCUUUUAGGUGGUUGUGUGUUAGUAGAAUGGAACUGGAAAGUGUUUGGAAAUGUAAAUGAACAAAUUAAGGAAGCUACAAAAGAAGUUCAAGACGCAAUGAAGUUAUCUGAUGACAAUCCAUUUAAUGAGGAGUUAUUGGAAAACUUAGUAACAGCUGGAAAUAAGUUAAAUUCAAAAGAAGUGCAGUUGAGUACAAUGCUCAAGUUUAAAGCUAGAACCAAAUGGGUUAAAGAAGGAUCAGCUAACACUAAUUUCUUUCAUACCAAGCUCAAGGAAGUGAAUAUUUCAGAAGCAUUGCUUGAUGUAAUUCCAAGUUUAAUAACAGCUGAAGAUCAAGAAAUGUUGGAUGCAAUUCCAUCCAUGGAAAAAAUUAAACAAAUUGUAUUUAAAAUGGAUCCAGACAGCUCUCCAGGUCCAGAUGGCUUUUCAGGCAGCUUUUACAGGGCUUGUUGGAUGAUAAUUCAAGAUGAUGUGGUCAAUGCUGUCCAAUUUUGUUGGAAAAGAAAAUUUAUUCCAAAGGGUUUAAACUUUAAUUUCCUGGUGUUGCUUCCAAAAGUUGAAGGUGCAAGAUCUCCUCAGCAAUAUAGGUCAAUUGGUCUAAGCAAUGUCAGCUUCAAAAAUUUUACUAAAAUUAUUGCAUCAAGAAUGUCAGGUCUCAUGCAUAAGCUAGUUUCUCCUCAGCAAGCUCCAUAUAUCAAAGGAAGAAAUAUACAAGAUCAAAUUAUCUUAGCCUCUGAAAUGGUUAAUGAAAUGAAAAAGAAAAGAAGAAAUGGAAAUAUUGGUCUCAAACUGGACAUAUCUCAAGCUUAUGAUUCUAGGGUUAAGGCAACGAGACCUCUAUCUCCAUUACUUUUUGUUUUGAUGGAGGAUGUACUUAGUAGGAAUAUCACAAAGUUGGUAAUGGAGGAUGAUGUUUUUAUUUUCUGCAAUGGAGCUAAAAAGAGUAUUCAAAAUUUGAUGAAGCUAUUAGAAGAUUAUCAAGACAGUUCAAGUCAAGUGAUAAACAAAAACAAAAGUAAAGUGUUUGUGGAUGGAACAAUAGCAGCAAGAGUAAUACAAAUUAAGGAAAUGAUGCAAAUGGAAGUAAGUAAGUUACCUGACAAAUACUUGGGAGUCAUCUUACAUGCUGGCAGAGUUAAAAUUGCUACAGUCUGGCCUAUGGUGGAGAUGAUGCAAAAUAAGUUAGCUAGAUGGAAAGGCAAAUUGCUUUAUUUUAAUGAUAGACUGUCUGGAGAUGGUGAUAUCAGAAAAUUUAAGACCCUCUCAUGGAAGAAGGUGUGUUCUCCUUAUAGUGAAGGUGGCCUUGGUCUACAAAGAUUGAAAAUUCUCAAUAAAGCUCUGCUCAUGAAGAUUUUAUGGAGAAUCAUUAAUUCAGAAGCUGAAUGGGCAUUAUUUAUUAAGGCUAAAUUUCAAGACAAAAAGCAACAAUGGAAGUGCAAUUGGAAACUGUCAUCUAUUUGUCCAGGACUGAAAGGGGCUUGGAAUCAUCUGAAAGAAAACAUAAAAUGGUGCCUUGGAAAUGGACAGAAAAUGUCUUUCUGGUAUGAUUCAUGGCUUGGUAAUACUCCUAUAAUUGAAGAGGUUGGACUUACAGAAUAUGUCAAGAACCAUAUCAACUUAAAGGUAUCAGAUUUAAUUCUAGAAGGAAAAUGGAAUGUACCUGAGGAGCUAAAACCAAUAAUUGCACAUUACACUCUGCCUGAAAUUGGUGUUGGUGAGGAUAUCUUGGUAUGGAAAGAAGACAUCAAAGGUAAUUUCACUACUUCUUCUGCAAUCAAUUCAAUAAGAAACAAAGAACAGCCUUUGCAAUGCUAUAAAAAGAUUUGGAAUUCAUUUUUGCAUCCUUCAAUAGCAAGCAACAUAUGGAAAAUCUUACAAGGGGUGUAUGUGGAUGAUUCUGUAAUGAUUGAGAGGGGUUUUGAAUUAGCUUCCAGGUGUUGUAUUUGUGAAGAAGAGCAAGACAAUAUGCAACAUUUUUUAUUGGAAUGUAAAUUCAGUAAGCAGAUUUGGCAUUGGAUAUGUCCCGUGUUCAAUUUUCAAAUUCCAAAAUCCUUGGAGGAAGUGUGGAGAAGUUCAAAAAGUAAAAGUCCUUUCAUCAAAGAGUGUUGGAUUAUUGCAGCUUGUGCAAUUUUAAAAGAGAUUUGGUUCCAGAAGAAUAAGAUGUGGUUUGAGCAGAUAAAACCAAAUUUGCAAAGUUUCAAGGCAAGAAUCAAAAAAAACAAUCUAUCAAGGAAGCCUCAGAAUGAAAAGCAACAAGUGGAACUCUGA